CGUCACCAUAACAACCGAUGACAGCCUGCACUUCCGACUCUGCUGCGGAGCACUUCCGGUGAGAGUAGCAAGAUGGCGGCGCCCAUAAAUGUGCAGCUGGAGUUUGGAGGUGGCGCAGAGCUGCUAUUUGACGGGAUCAAGAAACACCAGGUGACCUUGCCUAGUCGGUCAGAUCCUUGGGACAUCAAACAUUUGUUGGUGUGGAUCAAAGAUCAUUUGCUGAAGGAACGUCCUGAGCUGUUUAUUCAAGGAGAUACAGUGAGGCCGGGGAUUCUGGUUCUUGUUAAUGAUGCCGACUGGGAACUGAUGGGUGAGCUGGAUUACCAACUGCAAGACCAAGACAACAUUGUAUUCAUCUCCACAUUACACGGAGGAUAGUGAAGACCUUGUGAUUUGGUUUAAUCCAAUCAUGAUGUUCCAAGUGGGGAGGGGAUUUUCACGGUGUCUUCAUCAGCUCCAGUGGCGGUUCCUUGUAAAGUGACUUCAAUUCUGAAAAGGACAUGUCUACAUACCACACCACCAGGGCAGCUGCUGUGUGAAUAGGUCAGAGCCAUCCGUUUGGUGACAUCUCAUUUACUGGCGGCCUUAUAUAGUAUGUCACUUAUUAGAGAUCCCGAAUUAAAAUGAUUUGUUGUCGGUUAUAAUUAGCGGUGUGUAUACACAAAAAAAAUGCCAUUGUGAACAUUGUCGCAUCCUUAUGUCACAUUUUGAACUGCCUCCAACCAAUUGCCUUUUUUUUGUGCUUCUUUUAAAAUAUUGUGUUAGUAUGGCAUGUUUCCUCCCGAGAUCAGAUAUAUUCUACCCUUUACCUCCGCACGUGGGAGCAGCCAUUGCGGUCCUAUAUGAAGUGUCUGCGUUUCCUUCCCAGCAACCAAUCUGCUUUUCCCUUUUCUGCUGCUAUGACAAAAGAAAAGCAUCUUCUUCCUUUUCAAGGAAUGAAAGUGACACAAAGCACUGUCAGCUGUAUCGGUCUUGAGGUCAAAAUACAAUAGUGAGCAUGAGGUCUCCCAGGGCUCAUUAAAAGUGAUCUAUUUUAAGUAGGAAUAAACAAUAACUGGAUUCUAUUAGGUUUGCUAAAUCACUGUGUAUCAUAAACAAUUGCCAUGUUUUCUUAAUAAAAAAAUAAAGUUUUUUUUCACCCAU